CCUUCAGCACAAACAGAAAAUCAAAUAACAAUGGCUUCAUACUCAACCACCAUGAUCCUCCUAUCAGUUCUCUUCUCUGGAUUGUUGUACGCCAACGGAAGAGCAGUUGAUCUCGUGUCGACUCUCACUCAACAAAGCCAAUUUGAUUUCUUCACACUGGCUCUCCAAUGGCCUGCAACUUUCUGCUCAACACAUGAGAAUAAAUGUUGUCCUGAAAAUGGUUGUUGCGCAGGAGAACAUUCUCAAUCUCCACCAGGAUUCACAAUCCAUGGACUAUGGCCUGAUUACAAAAAUGGAUCAUGGCCAUCAUGUUGUGAAGGUGCUGCUUAUGAUGAAUCAAAGAUUGCACCAUUGCUUGAUGCUAUGCACAAGUAUUGGCCGAUACUAAGUUGCAACGACAUAUCAUCAUGCAAUAACAAAACGAACUCGUUUUGGGCCGAUCAGUGGGAGCAACAUGGUACAUGCUCCACCUCAGUAACAGGAGACCAAUAUGGGUAUUUCCUAACAGCCCUUGAAUUGUAUUUGAAGUAUAAUGUCACGGAAGUUCUUUUACAAGCAAAAGUUAAACCUUCAAAUUCAAACACAUACCCAUCAGCUGUUCUCAUUUCUGCUAUUGAAAAUGCUUUCCAUGCAAAGCCUCAAUUGGACUGCAAAAACGGUGAUGUAAUUAAAGAAGUUCGUUUGUGUUUUACCAAGGACCUCCAGCCUCGGGAGUGUGUAGAACCUACUUCGUGUCCUGCUAAUGUCCGCUUACCAAAAUUCGCAUUCUUGGAAGGCGCCACCAAGACUGAGGAUUGGUUGCUUUCUGCUGUGAAAACAGUUGUCUAAUGAAUGCAUUUCAAAACCAUAAAUAAGUAAUGGAGGCAUUGUACCUCCAUUGAUGUACCUUUGUGUUUGUUGGUGCUCUUUUUAUGUUUGUAGAAUGGCAUGUCAGCAUUUUCUUUGAAUAAUAAGUAAAGGAGAUAGUGACAGUAGUCACACAGUACCUCCAUUGAUCUACC